UUUGAUCUACUUAAUCCAUAACACUUCCGCCAAAUCGUAAAACAAAUGUUUUAUGUCCAUUCAUUUAAACUUUAAGUGAGUAACGUGUAAAUUUGAAAUGAAUUAGUUCUGAAAACUUUAAACAUGGCACUUCUUCAUGCAGAAUUGACUGCUACUUGUAAUGCUUUGGGAUAUACAGGAGCAGAAAAAUAUUUUAUUGACCCGCAGUGUAAGGAGGCGGUUCGUGAUUUAAUCAAAUUUUUACGGCGUGACGGUGAUGAUCAUGAAAUCAGGCGUUUUCUUGGAAGUGCAAAUAUUGUACAAUCAGAUUUAAUACCUAUACUAAUUGAAUAUUCUAACAAAAUCGAAUUGUUUGAUUUAAUUGUGCGGCUUUUAGUUAAUCUUACUACUCCAGCAUUGUUGUUGUAUAAUGAACAACCUCCUGUUGAAAAAAUACCUUCCCAGUAUUAUUUACAAAUGAUACUACAUUUGCAAAAAUAUAAGAAAGCUUUUACAGAUGUUAAAGUUUGGAAAGUUAUUGUUGAUAAACUAGCAGAAGUUAUGCAAGCUGAGUACCAUGAAAAAGGAGAAGAAAAAGUUUUAUCUACCGUAAGAAUUCUUAUAUUAAUUAGAAACAUACUUCAUGUUCCUGCUGAUAAUGAUGCAGAAUGUAGACCCGAUAAUGAUGCUAGCUUGCAUGAUCAAGUUCUAUGGGCAAUGCAUCAAAGCCAAAUUAUUGAUGUUAUUAUGUACAUUGCAUGUUCAGAGAAUGAGCAACAGUAUUAUCUACAUGCGUUAGAAAUUAUUUCUUUAAUGUUACGUGAUCAAAAUGCAGCAGAACUUGCAAAUGCUUCUGUUAGUCGUACUGAAACUGAAAAAGAAAGGGAUGAACAAGAACUUAUAGCUGUCCUGAGAAAAGAACGUCUAGAAAAAAUGGAAAAACUUAAGAAGUAUAGUGGUUCAAGACAUUCUAGGUUUGGUGGACGUUAUGUUGUAGCUGGUAUGAAAUCUAUAGGUGACAAUGAAAUGGUUGUUUCUUCAAUGAGUUCCAAUGUUAAUAAAGCAUUUGAUCGAAACAAAAAACCUAUGAAAACACCACGAAACAGAAUGCCUUUAAAAGAAUCUGGUAUUGAACGAAAAUCUGCUUUUAGUGUCAGACUAUUUUUAAAAGAAUUUUGCGUAGAAUUUCUACAUGGAUCUUAUAAUACAUUAAUGAAACAUGUUCGAGAGAUUUUAGUUCGUUCAAAAGGGCAACCUAAUGAUGAAUCAUAUUAUUUUUGGGCUAUGCAGUUUUUUAUGGAAUUUAAUCGUUAUUACAAAUUUGAAAUUAAACUUAUAAGUGAAACUAUGGCAUUACAUAUAUUUCAUUUUGUUCAAGAACGUAUUGAUGAAAGCCGUGAAAAAUUGUUAACAGAUAAAAAGAAAAUACCUGUGUGGUCUAAACGUAUGCACUUAGGACUUAAGGCUUAUAAAGAGUUGAUGGAAACACUCUUAGUGAUGUACCAAAGUAAAGAAGCUGUUUUGGAAUCCAGUGCACGUACCAUUUUAACUAAUCUAUUUUAUGUUGUGGAGUACAGAGAUAUGAUAUUAGGGUUAUUUCAGUUCUAUGAUGAAGUUAAAUUUUCCAGGUUAUAUUUAAAAGACUUAGUUGAAACCAAUCACGUUUUUAUGAAAUUACUGGAAAAUUUAAAAAAUAAACAACGUAACUUAAUCGUACAACGUAAAGUGAAAAAAACAAAUAAAAAAAUUGUUAAAACUGUAAAAUCUCAAGCUACAUUGAACAACGAUAUUGAGGAUAUUACAUGGGAUAAUAUUUUCCCCACAUUGAAAAAAAUAAUGCAAACUAAUAAUUUAAUUGUUGACGCUGUUGAAGCUAGACCUUAUGAUCCUGUAUCUGUAAUUCCUAUGGAAGAUCAAAAAAUUGAAGCCAUGCGUCGCAUAAGAAUGCAUAUGAGAAAUAACCGUUUAGAAGAAUCUAUAAAACUUUUAAGAGCUUCAAGAGAAGUUUGGCCAGAAAAUGGUUAUUUUGGUGCAUUACAAUUAAAUGUUGAUGAAGAACUUGAUAUUUUGAAACAAAUAUAUUUUGCUGACCUUGGAAUGCCAGAAGGAUAUAAUGAUGAAAUUGAAUCUAAUAAUCAAAAUGAUGAUGAAGACAAAGAAGAAACUGAUGAAGAAGAUGAAGACGAAACACGAAUUGAAGAAGAAAACUUUGAAUUUUCUGACUUCAUUAAAAAAUUUGCAAGACCCAAAGUUCUUCAUAGCUGUUGUCAAUUAUUAAAAGACUUUGAGAGGAAUUCUUCAUACACAAAUCAUGCACUCGUGAAACUCCUUCAUCGUAUUUCAUAUGACUGCAAAUAUGAAGCAUUGAUGUAUCAAGCAUCAAUAUUUCGUAUAUUUCAGAAAAUUUUUAUGUCAUCUAAUCCAAAUCAUAAAGAGCUUAGACAUUUUGCUAUAUAUAUAAUUAGAAAAUUUACUGAAGUGGCUCGUAAAAAUAAAAAAGUCUUUAUGGAACUGCUAUUCUGGAAGGACUUGAAAAUUGCUUAUGAAAUUGAAGAAGGAUAUAAUGCAGAACAAAAUAUUAAAAAAUCAACUAAUUGGACAGAAGAACAAGAAGAUGAAUUACAUAGACUUCAUGAAGAAUAUAUUCGUGACACACCUAAUAAUGAAGAUGAAGUGACAUGGAUAUGUAAGAAUAUGAUUCGACAAGACCGUUCUAGAAUAAGUGUUCUUAAAAAAUUAAGGCAACUUAAUAUUGUUACUAAAAAAUUGAAACCAUCAAGAGAGUUUUCUGAAGCUGAAAUUGUUCAAAUUACUCAAUUGGUUUAUGAAUUUAAAGAAGCAGCUGAUCCAAUUGGACAUAUUAUAAAUAAAUUAGAAGUAAAGCGAUCAAAAAAAAUAAUUAUUAAUAAGAUACUUGAACUUGGAUUAGUUAGGGAUAGAAAAGAGUUAAGAAAAAAAAGAGGGAAGACUUCUAAUAAAUCUCAUGGUGCAAAUAUUAAUAACUCAAGUGAUGAAAGUAAUGAAUCAGAUGAUGAAGAUAAUUAUGACGACCAACCUGUUUAUCAUAGUUUGACAUCAUCUUUUGUUAUUAAUGCCUUGAAAAAAGUUGUUGAUAAUGGUAUGGAGUCUGCAUUACAAUGGUUGAUUGAAAGUUUAGAUGAGGCAGCAGAGGAUCUAGGUGUUGAUGAAUCAGAUGUACCUUUAUUACCUUUAACUAAUGAAUGUAUGACAGCUAUUAAUGAUCUUACAUUCCAAAAUGCAAUGGUUGCUAUAGGAAUACAUAAACCUUCUGGGAUACAGGAAACUUAUUGGCGAAUACCUGGCAGAUGGCAAGCUAAUGAUAUCCGCCAACGAUUAGUGACUAUCAAAAAAGUAUUAGAAGGAAACAUUGCUGUUGAUGAAGCCAAUGAUUUAGAAAGUAGUGAUGAAGAUGUUGAAGCUACAUUUGAUAGAAUAAGAAAAGUUAUGGCACCAAAAGAAGACAUAAAUAAAGAAAAUUUAAAUUCAAAUAGUUUAACUAACAGUGAAAGAAAGAAUAAUCAUUUGUUAUCUAAUGGAAUCAAAGAUAAUACUGACUUAAUUGUUACUAAAACAAAAACUAAGAAAAAUGUUUUAGUCGAUACAAGUGACAGUGAUGACAAUGUGAAAUUAUUAAAUAACAGAAAUAAAUCUAAAAGAAAAAUUUCAAUUAACUCUAGUGAUUCAAAUGAAGAUUUUGUAACUGUAAACAAAAGUGAACAAUUUGAAGACAGUAAUAAAGAUGAUGUCAAUAUAAUUGCUAAACAGCCUUCAUCUUCAAAUACAUUGAAAAAAAAUACAAAAAUGUUAAUACAUAGUAGUGAUUCUGAAGAAAAUUCUUUAAAUGUAAAGAAAACUGGAUCAUUAGAAGAUAGUGAUGAUGACAAUGUUAAUCUAACUACUAAAAAAUCUCAAUUAGUUUUUAUAAAAAAAAAAAAGAAUAAAAUUAACUCUUCUACAGAUAGUAGUGAGUCUGAAGAUCUUGAGUUUACUAAGAAAAUGUACUCAAAAGUUCAAAAUAAGUCAGGUUAUUUGGAAAAUGAUAGCAGUGAUAAAGAAACACUUACAUUAAAUAAAAAUAAUGUAUUAUUAGAUGAAAAUGAUUUGGGCAAUUCUAAAAGAAAGAUACCAUUGGAUGAUAGUGAUGUUGAAGAAGAAAUUGGCUUAUCCAAAAAGAAGAAUAAAUAUUUUAUUGAUGAAGAUAGCGAUUAAUAAUAUUAUUUAUAUAAUUUUAUUUGGUUUUAAAGUUUUAUUUAAUAAUAACUAAUUUUAUGCAAAUAAUAAAAUUACUAAUAAAACUUCAAAAAUAUUAUUAGAAAAUUUUAAUAAUAGUAAAAAUAAAUUUUGAUAAUAAAAAUU